AUGGCAUGGCAAGUUCUUUCGAAAAGUAUUUCUAGGUGUUCAUACCGAAAUUUACUCAUAUUUCGGCAUGUUAAUUCCCUCAGUGGCAAACCAACAAGUCUCCGAGAAGCCGUGGAAACUAUUCGCGAAAACGUGUGUGGUAGGAAAUGCGAUAUCUUUAUAGGGACAGGACAAUACUAUCACCACGAGACUAAUGAUAGAAUUGUUUGUCUUUCUUUUGACAACUCAAAAGCAAUGGAUCCGCCUCGCACAAUUUUAGACACAGUAAUUAAUUCAGAUGAGAUAGAUACAUUGGAAGGAGAAAUUGCCGGUAUUCCGGAAUGCCUUUCCCUUUUAACUGGAGAGGUAGACUCUGUACAUGACCAGCCGUGGCUCUUUGGUUUUGCUUCGAAACCUGAAUUUAAAGUAUUUUCAGAGAGAGGGAUACUAUUGCACCACAGAACAAUCCAAGAUGGCCAAGUUUUUCACGUAUCCGAUAGCUCCAUGUCGGAGGAAGUCAUGCUCGAUCAAAUCAAAGCUGUCCAAGUAACGCUAUCAGAAGAGCCAUGGAACAGUAGAAAAGUUGAGCUUGAGGUAAAUAACACAGAGCUCGUCUCAGUUGUUGAGGACACCAGAGAAAAUGGCUCAAGCGACUUGAGUGAGCUUAUGAUGUCAACAGAAUGGCUUGUUAAGAUGGCAGGACUCAUGUGUCUCCUCAUAAGACAAGUGGGCGUGUGUUCAGGUGUGUCACUUAAGCUGCCAGCGGAGUUACGUGCUGAGGGGAAUCCAUGGAUUGAACUUAGAAAUCAAGUUUGGAUCAGUAGAGUUCAUGACGAUAAGGACUCCUGAUGUUUAUCACAUGUUGAUCUACGAACACAUCAUUUACAAAGCUUAGCAAAGACAUACCUAGAUGGACAUUAGCAUUUCAUGGCUUUCCUAGAUUACCACACAAGGAAAAGGUUUCCCAUUUCUAGAGAAUUUAUACUUUUUUGUAUUAUUAGUAACAUAUUUGGAGAAACAGUGAACCUCAAUAUAACAAUGAUUUUAAAAAAUACCAGUACUUUAAUAAGCUGAUAAAUACAAAUUAUUUUAACUUGGUAA